AUGGUUGCCUACAAGAACCUCGGACUUGCUGCCACCGUCGUCUUCGGCGUUGCCGAGACCGCCCUCGCGGCCCCCAUGGCCCGUGACUACUCCGGCGCGGACGGCCUCGAGGUCCGCGCCAACGGCCGGAAGACCAACAUCCUCAACAAUGUCAUCGGUGGUGUUCAGGCAGCUACUGGCGUUGCUGGUCUCCUCCAUCCCGCCAGGCGUGACAUUGAGGCCCGCGCCAACGGCCGGAAGACCAACAUCUUAAACAACGUCAUUGGUGGUGUCAACGCAGCUACUGGCGUUGCUGGCCUCCUGAACCCCGCCAAGCGAGACAUUGAGGCCCGCGCCAACGGCAGGAAGACCAACAUCCUCAACAACGUCAUCGGUGGUGUCAACGCAGCUACUGGCGUUGCCGGCCUCCUCAACCCCGCCAAGCGUGACCUUGAGCGCCGUGCUAAGGGCGCGAAGAAGGCCACUACUCCUAAGCCCGCUGUUAAGAAGGCUGCUCCUCCACCCAAGCAGCCCGCCCCUAAGAAGCAGCCUGCCCCCAAGAAGCAGCCUGCCCCCAAGAAGCAGCCCGCCCCCAAGAAGGCCGCCCCUAAGAAGGAGAAGGUACCUGGCAGAAAGACCGCCGCUUUUGGGCAGCUCAUUGAAGGAGUUCAGGCUGCUACCGAUCUGGCCAGCGCUUUGAACCCCGGCGCCGCCGCUCCUAUGAUGGAGCGUGACAUCCUGGAGUACCUUGACCUCCUCGAGGCCCGUGACUUUGACGACGAGUACAUCGAGACCCGUGACAUCUACGACGACCUCGACCUCCUCGAGGCCCGUGAUAUCUACGACGACCUCGACCUCCUCGAGGCCCGUGAUAUCUACGAUGACCUCGACCUCCUCGAGGCCCGUGACUUUGACGACGAGUACCUUGAGACCCGCGACAUCUUUGACGACCUCGACUUCCUCGAGGCUCGCGACAUCGACGAGGACGACUACUACUACUACUAG